AUUCCAUUUUUAAUUGGCCAUUGAGGCAAUGUUAACAUUCUAUGGGUUUAUGAGUUCAUAGGGAAUUAGAUGGGGAUUAGGUUACUCUAACAUAAAAUCUAACAGUUCAUUUGGAGAAGAAAUAGCCUACAGGUUAUGACAAUAUUGUUCACCUUGUUUUUAUGCACAUCUAAUUCUGCAGACAGUUCAAGGUAAGGUAAUUAAGUUUUACACAACUGAAUUUGUUCAAUUGAAAUGUUCCCUCCCCCAGAUAUAGCUCAUAUGUUUAAAUCGUUAUCUGUUAAUGCAAAGGAAUUGGCUCCGCAAUGUGCGGCGAUGUUCUGUAUGAUGAGUUCCAAAAUGUGUAAAAUCCAAGAUGUGUAAACUGACGGGCACGCGCACUGUCAAAGAUGCGCAACAUCCCACCGUUCUUUCGCAUCACAUCGACAUCACUGCGCUUCUGACAGAAAAUCGAGCUGUCACUCUCCGGUGUCAUCGUAUCUUCAACCAAAACGUGUCACCUCGAAGUCUAGUCAGCGACUAUGCCAUGCCAAAUGGUAAACAAACGUUCGUCUGCCAUAAUAAAUACGUGAGGAGAAGUCACUGUCGGAUUGAGGUGGAUUAGACCAGUUGAAAUCACUUGCACAAGACAUCAACUCUCUGGUUUUCCGACGAUGAACCAACCCAAGAAGGAACAAUAAGAUGUGAGCGAUUCAUGGCUUUGUUCGAAAUUUAGAAUUGCGGCAAUUGCGACAGACAUGAACAAAAUAACGAUUGCUGUCAAUUUUUCUGAGAAGAUGAUGCUACUGUUCCAUAUGCAAAGAAGCCUUUAGACCCGACAAUAAUAGGCUACCAAAAUGACAAGACUGUUCUGGAAUGCGCUCAUUGGGAUUUUGGCAUGCAUUUUACGCAGCAGAGAACUUCGCUUUAAUCGACGUACUUGUAUCACGAGAUAAUACUAGUUAUCCGAGGAACAUGGACAAAGAAUGCACAAGCUUUCCCUGAUGUGAUGAGAUACUCUUCAAGUUCUCUUGAGAAUUGGAGCCAACCAUAUCAACACCGACAAAUUCAAUUUUGGACUGUCUGUAAAGCCAGAACCGACAACUAAUUUCACGGGAACACCGUAUCUAUAUUAAAGCAUCUUCACAGACUCGCAUAGCGAGUCUGUGAGCAGGUGAGUGCGGGACCCUGUCUGCCCCACUGUCCAGUGACAUAAUGAGCUGGAGCUUCCUCACGCGGCUGCUGGAGGAGAUCCACAACCACUCCACCUUCGUGGGGAAGCUGUGGCUCACCGUGCUUGUCGUCUUCCGCAUCGUCCUCACCGCCGUCGGGGGAGAGUCCAUCUACUACGACGAGCAGAGCAAGUUCGUCUGCAACUCGGGCCAGCCGGGCUGCGAGAACGUCUGCUACGACGCCUUCGCACCGCUAUCGCACGUCCGCUUCUGGGUCUUCCAGAUCAUCCUGGUGGCCAUGCCAUCUCUCAUGUACAUGGGCUACGCCGUCAACAAGAUCGCCCGGCUGGACAAGGGCGGGGGAGGGGGGGCUACACCCAUCGGAGGCCCAAGAAGAUCUGCUUCGGGGGCGCGGCAGCACCGGGGUAUAGAGGAGGACCAGGACCAGGACCAAGAGGAUGACCCUAUGAUCUACGAGGUGCCUGAGCCCGAGCCCCCUCGCCGGGUCGACCCGCUAGCCCCACGGCCCAAGCCCAAGGUACGCCAUGACGGGCGGCGGCGUAUCCAGGGUGACGGGCUGAUGCGUAUUUACGUGUUGCAGCUGGUGACUCGCACGGCGCUGGAGGCGGGCUUCCUGGCGGGCCAGUACCUGCUGUACGGCUUCCGCGUCAUUCCCGUGUUCGUGUGCUCCUUCAAGCCCUGCCCCCACAGCGUGGACUGCUUCGUGUCGCGGCCCACGGAGAAGACCAUCUUCCUGCGCAUCAUGUAUGGGGUCACGGUGCUCUGCCUCACCCUCAACGUGUGGGAGAUGCUGCACCUGGGCAUCGGGACCAUCUGUGACAUCCUCCGCCGUCGCCGCUGCCCGCCCCAGGAGGACGAGUACCAGCUGGGGCUGCUGGGACCCAGCGUGGGGGUCUCCGUGGGGGUGCCAGUCCCGGAGCCGGGCACGGGGGGAGGGGUGGUGGGGGACGGGGGUGCUGACUACGUGGGGUACCCGUUCUCGUGGAACGCCCCGUCGGCUCCGCCGGGCUACAACAUCGUGGUGAAGCCAGAGCAGAUCCCCUACACGGACUUGAGCAACGCCAAGAUGGCGUGCAAGCAGAACCGGGCCAACAUUGCCCAGGAGGAGCAGCAGCAGUUUGGGAGCAACGAGGACAAUUUCCCCACGGGAGGGGAGGCCCGUGUGGCCCUCAACAAGGACAUGAUCCUGCAUGCCCAUGACCAGCUAGAGGCAGCCAUCCAGGCCUACAGCCAGCAGCACAGGGCAGAGGAACACCUGGUGGACAACCAUGAUGACAAGCCCCGAAGCAACAUCACCCAGGCCCAGGCCCAGCCGCACCCUCACAAGGAGCGCAAGCACCGCUUCAAACACGGCAAGGGGGGCAGCAGUGGAGAAGGGACUGGGAGCAGCAGCAACAGCAGUAGCAGCAAGUCAGGGGUGGGCAAGCCUUCUGUGUGGAUUUGACCCUGUACACACACAAAUAGACAAAUACACACACACACACACACACACACACACACACUCCAGCCCUGGCCUGAGCCAGCACUGACGGAGCCCCAUAUCCCUGUAGAGUAUGUGUCAGUGAGGGAAGGGCUGGCCCCGAAAACGCCAGGACCGGCCCUGAAUGGAGGGCUGAGGUAGUGGGAUGUCAUGUUGUUUUUCUGUGGAUAUUUCAACACCAUGUUGUGCCUUUAAAAAUCCCACAAGCUGGAGGAGACUAGCCUACAGUCUUAGUAUGUCAGUGUGGACAGGUGAGGACAGGUGUGUCAGGAACAUUAGUGAUUUUGUAGCAGGCGGCAGUUUGUCUGGGCUGUCGCUGUCUAACCUAAAACACCCCGACACAACUCUCUGAAACAGUCUCUAUUGUUUCUGAACUCUUCCAGUUCUGAAGCAGACACUUGUUCUCUGUUGUCUUUCAACUGUCCCGUCUUCCAGUAGCCUGAUUACUCACACUAAAUGAUUCUGUAGUUCUCUGCAUACUUUAGUCUGAGCCUGCCAUCGUUGAAGUCAUUUGUGGUGACGAAGGGCACAUGGGGCAUUGUACAAAACAAAGUCAUCAGCGACUGGAUCGUCUCUAACCACUCAGAGCCCAUGGGCGCCGCUUUACCCAUGUGUGUUCUGGCUCUGGCCCAACCCAUCGGUUUCUGGACCAAUCAGAUGGCCUCGAAUGUGUUUGCAUUCGGGGAAGGGUGCUCAGAUCCAGACUUAUUGAGGAGAAGAAACUAACAUCCGUGGGUGUGGCAUAGCGUCUGGCCGGAGCAAGGAUUCUGGGCAACCAGGCAAGUCUUCCAGAGGAUAUUGGGCUGAGAAAAUUACUAUAUCUUUAUCACCAUCUUUUUUUUCUGAUGCAUUUAUUUAUAUCCCGUCCGUUCUAUUGGUGAUCCUGAUUUCAUUCCAGAUUUCGAUCAAGCUAAUCUGUUGGCUGACUUUCUGCAAAGUCACAGACUUUGUAAUACAUUGGCAUCAGAAUGAAUGGAUAUCAUAAUGCAAUGAAUGACAUCGUAAUACAAAGACAGUUUAAACAAUGACUUUAUAAUGCAAUGACAUCAUAAUUAAAUGACAUCAUAAUGCAAUGACUUCAUAAUGCAAUGACUUCAUAAUGCAGGGAUAAUAAUGAAAAGGCCAAUCAUAAUGUGGAUGUUCACCUUCCCUGAAGGCUAUUGUGUAACUAUUAUCUCUCCAAGGUCACUGAUGUUUAGUGUGUGCGACUUCAUAUUUGACCCAGGCCAAGUCUUUGAGUGCAUGCAUCUUCCAGGUGGAGGGACAGUUGAUGGCUUGAUCAGAUGAAAGUGGUCAGGGAUAUGGUUGAUGUAGACGGAGUCUGGUGAAGAGUGCUACUCUAGUACCCACUGGAGUUCCCCCUCCUUCACAAUGUGUAUGAGAAUAAAUUAUUCUCACCAUUAAUUAAUACCACUUAUUGACAACUCCUUCUGUAAACCUGCAAUCUUUUCACUUUAUUUUCUCUGUGUUUCUCCAUCUCUAGUUCUCUCCAGUUUGGACCUGUGUAAGGUUUCUCAGUACUGGGUUGGCAUUUUAUCUGUCUGGUUAUUGAGUGCCCCCUGGUGGUACAGCUUUUAAACUAAGGAUUUAUCAUCCCCUUAGUACAAUAUUGCUUACUUUAAUUUGUUAUCUUACUAGUACUUACUAAUGUCGAGUUACCAAUGAUCACCCAGCAUUCCAAACACCUGCGUUAGUCUCUCCAGUUACACAGUAGGCCACUGUUUCCCUUCCAACCUCUUCCUUACAAGAGUCUUCCGUACAGUGUUCUAUAUGAGACCAACAAAGCUGCAAUAAAAACAGCUCUCUAAGCUAGCUGUGUUGAUGAUCUGCCUCUCUGUUCUCCUCUGUCCAAGUAUUUCUCUGAACUGCCAUAUAGGCUGCGAUGCGAUCCUAAAUAGCACCCUAUUCCCUAUGGGCCGUGGUCAAAAGUACUGCAAUAUAUAGGGAAUAGGUUGCCGUUUGGGAUGAAGCUAUAGAGACCAAACACUGUUCGUGUGAUGAAGGCAGCGUCACUGCCAAUGCCAAGACAACGUUAGGCUACUAUGCAGCCAGGUUGUGAUGCAGCUUUGCCAAGGAAUACUGUGGCCAUGAUACCUGAAUCACAAAGGAGAAGAACAUGUGUAUGACCAAUCCUUUGUAUUUUUUGUAAAAGUCGCAAUUUUUUUUAUUAUGUGUAAGUGUGUUUUGGUGUGUUUUGGGAGGUCUAAUGUAGCAGAGGUAAAAUUGGUUUGCGUUUUUUUUUUGACCAGUCGUGUUUUUCAAACAACUUUUUUUUCUUCAAUAAAGAUUUUUAAAAUUAACAAUAAAGAUUGUAUUUACAGAUAUCUUCUAGAAUUGGUUCUUUUAUUGCCUUCAAAUUGUAAAGAUAAUAUAUUUUUUAUAGGUACAGUAGUUGUGUAUCAUGUUGUUGAUGUGUAAAAUAAAAAAUACAAUUGCCAAAUGUAUCCUUGUA